AUGAAUACCAUCAAGAUCAUGCGGCUGGUAUUUGCUCAGCAUGGGAUUUGUGUAGAGCUCGUGUCUGAUAAUGGAAGACAGUUUGUGGCUGAGGAAUUUAAAGAGUUCAUGACCCAAAAUGGUGUAAAGCAUAUACUGAUACCCGCUUAUCACCCAAGCAGUAAUGGGCAGGCCGAAUGCAAGCUUAUGGGUCGACAGUUACGCACUCGCCUUGAUUUACUACACCUAGAUGCAUCUCAGCGAAUUGAAAAAAAAGCCUCUGAGAACGAGAAACCAAUGAGGGAACUCGAUAUAGGGGACCUGGUACUGGUUCGGGACUAUCGUCAAAAUACCAAGAAGGGCAUAUGGACUCGAGGAGUUGUGGUUCUUAAAUUGGGUCCAUGCACAUACAAUGUACAAGUGGACGGUUAA